CUCCUUAGUUGAGUGAGACAUUCUAGGUGACGGAGCACUGUGAAGCGAGGCAGAUGAAAGAGGAGCUGAACAGCCCUGGUUCCGAUGGACAAACGCAAAAGGGAAUCCGGCGGCGGCUUAUCCUAGCGGCGUCGGGCUUGGUGAAGGAGCUGAGGCUGAGCUGUUGGUGAAGGAAGCCAAGGCAGAGAAAUGGAGAAAGAUUCUGGGAGAUGACAACUCUUAAUGCCAGCUGGUACCAGGGGCCCAACUUCAGCAAUUCUGAAGAAAAGGAAAAAAGAGUGAGAUGAACAAGAUAUUUUAUGAUCAUCUAAUCUGUGUGGCUGACCUGUAAGCAUGCUGGAACAAAUACUAUGAUCAGCAAUUCCAGAUACGUUCUAGGACCAUGUGCUUGUUUUGGAUCAGCACCUACUAGAAAACCUGCCCGACCAGCGCUUUUUUCCAUACGUUCUAUUUACCAACUCUUCGAUGGUCCAUUCUUAUCCACUUUAUGCAGGUUUACACCCAUCUUAAUCUCUCAUUGGACUACCGAAUCAGCUGAGUGAUGGCUUCUCCUGUACACUUUUGAAGUGCAUCCCACAUGACCAGAACAGUCAUUUGGUCCAGCUGCUUCGUCCUUUUAUUGCAGAAUGCAACUCCAAGUUAGCAGCGGCCCUUACCAUUACAGAGGAAAGUUUUCCCACUGGGGGGGGGAUAGGAGCAGUAUAGGGUGGAGUCGAGGGGGGAAAGAAAGGGAGUCCAGGGGGGACAGAAGGGGGGAAUUGGGGAAGAAAGACGAAAGGGGAAACGGGAAAGAGAAGAAAUAGGAAGCAGGGAGGGAAAGAAGAAAGCAGAAAGAAAGGGAAACGGGAAAUAGGAUCUUAAUUCCAUUGUUCAAUUAACAAAAAACACUUGUUUUGUCUCUUUUAAGUAUGUAAAGAGAUGCCAGCUUUUGCAUAUAUUAAAUACAAUUAAUGCUACUUCUACUUAGUUUAGUAAGAUUACAAUGCGCAACAGUGUAUACAAUGCGAACAUUUUGUGGUGAGUUAUUGUUUUUCUUGACUUCUAUUUCGUUACUUGAUUGUCUUGAUAACUAUGAUAGACCAUGAAACAUGCUUGAAGCAGAAAGGCAUGGAAUGUGGAGUGGCUUCUGAUCACUUGUCAUGUAGUGACCAAUGUGAAAAGAUCACAGCCCGGGCGUCUGAACUACCGCGGAUUUUACACUGUUGUUUUGGAAGACGACGACAGUAUGGUGUCAGUGGCAACAAUUAGGAUCCAUGGGACUAAGGUAGUGGAGUUACCUUCAAUUGCAACUUGCAGCAAAUCCUGCCGCAUGGGAAUGUGCCGCCGGCUUAUGAAUUGCAUAGAGAAGGGGCAUUUGCUCCCCCAGCACCCAGGUCCUCUAUGCCCUAGCAGGAGUUGUGAGCGGACGAGGAAGACGGGAGAAAGACACUCUCUAAAAUCCCCUACUGGCUUCAAAGAACAAAACACUAUCCGGUUUUAAUAAGAUAUGCAUUGUCAUUGUCAUGAGUGAUUCUCAACAUUGCCUAAAGGUCUUCAUCAUCAAUAACUCUUCUUCUUUUCUCUCAUCAGAAUCCAUCCGAGUUGAAAAGCACAAAAGCAACUUCUCUUCAUUCUGGAUUUAAAAUUCAGGGUUUCAUUCCUGAUAUAGUUUUCUUUGAAUUUAUUAAUCUUGAAUUUAGCAGAUCCAAAGUUUCAAACAGUCUUAGUCAAUAACUUUUUAAACUGCUUUAUGUUAACUUUCUUGCUGAGUAAUUCCUCAGGGACUAAGAAGAAGAGUUCAUGUUCUUUGCUCUUAUGCAUUUCUUCUUGCUGUUGUCUCAAUGAAAAAAUAGAGAAGUGGUUGUUUGCUGCAUAUAGGAAAGUGACUUAAUGUUCCUCUUCUUGCAUUUCAUAUUGUUACUGAAUGUGAUCCUUUGCUCCAUAUAGAAAGUUACCUGCUCAAUUUGAUAAAUCGUAAACCAACUCCUUCAUUUGAUCUUGGAGAAUAAAAACUCAUCAUCUAAGUACAAUGUUUACCAGAAUGUGAUAAGUGUGCAAAUAAUAAUGAUGUGAAAAAGUUUAGCUGUUUUUGUCAAGCAUCUUGCCACUUCAACCCUACGAUCGUCCAAAUUAGAUCUACGGCUUUUUUUGCUUCCCAUAUCUGGAAUCACUUUUCCACUAGAAGAUCCAUCUCAUCUCUCUCUUUCCUCACACAAACCAAAUAGCUCCUCAGGUCUCUCAGCCCUCACCCUCACAUAAACAAGUUAUGCUAAAGACCAAACAACAAAGUACAAUAAUAUAUAUAUGUAUAUAUGUAUAUAUAUAUAUAUAUAUAUAUAUAUAUAUAUAUAUAUAGCAAACAAGAGUUUAGCAACAGUCUGCUUUCUACUGGAAUUUUUUUGAAUCAGCUUCUUUUAACUAUGAAUAACACCAAGAAUGACUAUUCAUUAUUUCAAUCCACCGAUCUGCAACUAUGCAUUAUGUUAGUUUUCUAAUUUUUAGGAGUUCAACAUAACAUUGAUAAGACAUGCGAGUUUAUGUUUUAAAUCUCAAAGCCCAAGUAAUUUUUUGCCUCUUCAUAGUUAAAAGAAGCUGAUAUAUUUAUAAAUCAAAAGUUUAAAAAGAAGUUGAUAUAUAACAACUGGCAGAUCUAUUCCUCAUGCUUAUUCUAAUCCCUUGCCAUGUAUUUGUGCUAUGCCCGUUCUCUUUUUUAAGUGAAUGUGAUUCUAUGAUUAUCUUUCAUAUAUGGACUCAAGUGAUGGAUUCGAAAUAGUAAAAGAUCUAUUUGAACUUUUUCCCAAAAUGUAAUUUGGACACAUUGAAACUAUUAGAGAAAUUGUGCUUUAAUAGUGUAGACUAACUGAUUAAGUCUGCAGUACUAAAAGUCUAAUUCCUAAAGAAAUCAAAUCUUUAAUUUUUUUUAGAUCAAUCAUUUCUGUGUGAAAAUAAAAAGCCCAGCUUGCGUUGCUGACUUUACAGAGCUUCGAGCGCCACCUGCUGAGGAUCCGAAUCGGAUUCUCGAGAUUCAUAACAUCAGGUUAGAGCUCGAUCUAAGUGGGAAUUGACUGGAUUGGAAGGCAUGGCUUCGUAGCGGAUCCUGAAGGAGCUAAAGGAUCUUCAGAAGGAUCCUCCUACUUCUUGCAGUGCUGGCCCUGUUGCUGAGGACAUGUUUCAUUGGCAAGCAACUAUAAUGGGUCCUCCAGAUAGUCCUUACACUGGUGGAGUUUUCUUGGUUACCAACCAUUUCCCAUCAGAUUACCCCUUCAAGCCACCACAGUUUUCCACCAAAGGUCCUACUUUCGAUCUGCUCUCACUUGACGGACCCUAACCCUGAUGAUCCCUUGGUACCAGAAAUUGCACAGAUGUACAAGAUCGACAGGAACAAAUACGAGACUACAGCAAGGAGCUGAACUCAGAAGUAUGCCAUGGGAUAACCUCUGCUUCAAGUAGACCUGGCCCUUGCAUCUCAUUUUAAGUAUUUGAUCAUCAUCGACUCUUUAGUUGUUUAUUUUAAUGGGCAAUGGAGAAGUAUGUGUCCUAAGUGCGAUUAAACAUUUCCUUUGUAUUGUGAUCUGUGAAAAACCCAGAUGAAUUGCUUUCUCCCAAAAAAAAAAUCAAAUCUUUAACGGAGCUCCUCGGCGCACCUCUACAAUGGCUGGGCGCACCCCUUUUCUUCCGCCAUUGGACACAUUUGUCCUUUUCGUUUCUUAGCCAUUAAUUUUGCAACGGAACUCUUUCAUGUAUCUAAUACUCCGUAUCUCUCCUUCACGUAUCUAAAUACUCUCCUUCACGUAUCUAAAUACUACGUACUCUGUGUCUUGUACGGAGUAUAUUUGUAAUGAUUUUGUUGGUUUGAUUUGCGUAAUACGAAGUAUUUGAAUUUUGAUAUAUUAUUUAUAAAAUUUGGAUUAAAAAUGAAAAAGCUAUAACACUUUAAAAUUUUGGGGUUUUUUAUAGCUUGGGGCCCACCAACUUCAUCUUCGCUCCUUUCUUUCAAUUUCUUUGGGAGAAGUUCGGUACUUUGAGUAAAAUGGCCACGUGUCAUUAGUAUAGCAAAUGAGACAAUUAAGGAGAGCUAGACACCUAUGAUUUAUUAUUAAGGGUAAAAUUGUAUUUUGAUGAACUAUUUCUUUUCUUAUAUAUAAAUAGAUAUAUGUUUCACUCACUUUAUCAUUUAAUUCUCAUUUUGACUAAAGUACAUUGAUAUUGUUAUUUGAAGUUUUUACUAACUAGUGUGUCUACCCUUGCACCGCGCGGCGAUAAGAUAUGUGUUUAAAACUUUUCUUAAAUUUAAAUUUAUAGGUAUCAUCAAUUGUAUAUGGAUUCACCGAUCGAAGAUUUAAAGAUAACUCAAUUGACUAUACAUGCAGAUGUCAAAAUGAGUCGAACUCCGUCGGGCGUGCUCGUUUCAUGGUGGAUUGUAUUUUAAUAUAGCCUGAUUAACUCAGUGGUUUUGUGGGUCAACAUGCACAAGUUGUGGUUUGACUAUACAACUUGUGAUUUGUUCAAAAUACAAGCAUCUAGUUUUGACUUUCAUUAUCUUAAUUAUUGCAUGUUUAUUUACUACCAAAAUUAUUUGCUAUUAUAUAGUUAUUGUUUAAUAACAACAUUCGUCGAACUACUGUUUCUAUAAUAACCAUUCAAAUAGCUAGACGUCAGGAUAAAAUAGGGACAAAGAAAUUGUUGUUAGCAUUUAAAUAAUAAAUAAUGUUUAGUACAAUUUAUGUCCAUGACUCUUCUACUAGUAAUAUAAGUAGAUUUUUUUCUUAUUAUUUUCUAAAUUCAUCAUUUUCUCAUCCAAACCCACAAAAAAAUACAUAGUAUAGUUUUUUUAUUUGUAAUUUUACUAAUGUUCACAGGUAAAUUUAAAGAUACUUGGAUUUUCGUUUCUUUGAAAUAUUUAGAAAUAUGAUGGGAAAUAUUGAAAUCUCUUCUAGUAAACCACGCUUUUAGCUUAUCAGCUAACAACCUAAAAGGGUCCACUUCCGAUGAUGAAGUCAUAACAAAAAAAAGUGAUAAUAAACCCCCCCAUGACACAGUCUAAUAGGAAUACUCCCUAUGAAACUAGGUCCAAAAAGUCCUCUUACAAACCCUCCUUAUGAUCAAAUUUCUCUUUUGGAACAUUUUUGGACUGGGUAAAGAGCAAUCCUUACACAAUCUUAAGCAGCUAAGUAGAACUCACUCUGAAUUUUAUUGGAAUCAUUGAACCAAAAAUACAUAAUAAAAAAAAUAAACAAAAAAAAUGCAACUUCAUUUUCCUCAUGCUUUUGCUCACUGCCAUAACAGAUUUUGGAUAUUUUGGAAUGAUGAUAAUAAUGUUUCUGUUAUCCAUGAAGGAGCUCAAUCUAUGACUAUGACCAUCACAAACAGUGGAGAUUCCGUCCCUUAUCUUGUUACUAUUGUCCAUGGCAGUAACAACAGAAUCCAAAGAAGGCAGCUUUGGUCCGAGCUAUCCUACCUAAGGUCUAUUCACUCCAGGGCUUCAUGGAUUGUUGCUGGAGAUUUCAAUACUAUCACUCAUUUGGAUGAAUACAAGGGUAAUUCUAAUCCCUGCACUUAUGAUAUCACUGAGUUUAAUGAUUUUAUCCACGCCAAUGCCUUUAUUGAUUUUCAUAUGGACGGUGGGUCUUUUACUUGGUUGGGUAGAAGGAGAAAUGGAUUAGUGAUGAAGAAACUUGACAAGGUCUUGGUCUCUUAUGACCUUAUGCAACUGACAAAAAAUUUUAAACUUCAGAUCAUUCCUAAAACUACUUCUGAUCACAACCCCUUUUUGUUUAUGGAAGCCAAGACUACCAAUGCCCCUAAGUCCUUUAAAUUUCAACAUAUGUGGCUUACUCACAAAUCUUUCCUUAAAGAGGUUUCUGAAUCCUGGAAUUCUGAGUGUGAUGGAUUUGGUAUGUUUAAAUUUCAUCUCAAGCUGAAAAGACUUAAGCAACACCUUAGAACCUGGAAUAAGGAAACUUUGGAAAUAUUUUUGACAAUAUUAAUGAAGUUGAACAAAGAAUUUCUAAUCUUGAAGAUAAUCUGAGUAAAAACCUUUCUGAUACUGACCUUAUCCUUCUCAAAGAGGCUCAGGCCAACCACAUUAGACUCCUAAAUCUCAAGGAAAUUUUCUUAAGGCAAAAGGCUAAAAUCAACUGGCUUAAGAUGGGAGAUGCAAACACUUCCUUUUUUCAGCUCACUCUCAAGGACAAACAUAAAAAACUUUCCAUCAAUAAAAUUGUUACGGAAGAUGGAAACAAUAUUGAGGAUGAGAACCUUAUUGGUAUUGAGGCUGUCAAUUAUUUCCAGUCCCUCCUUACUGCUACCUCGGAGUAUAAUCAAUCUGGUUGUUAUGCUUAUAUUAAUGAGGUGAUUACUGAGUUGGUUUCUGAGCGGGAUAAUGAUUUGCUUAUCUCCCCGGUUACCUCAACUGAAGCUAAGAAUGUUGUUUUCUCACUUAAUGAAAAUAGUUGUGCUGGAUCAGAUGGGUUUGAUGAAAAAAUUUACAAAAAUUGCUACCACAUUAUCGAGCAUGACCUGAUGAAUGUUAUUCAUGAGUACAUGUGUGGGGUUCCCAUACCCAAAGCUAUUGGCCAUACCCUAAUCCAUAGUUGUUAUGGCGUCGAUAUAUCGUCGCCACAUCGUCGACAUAUCGUCGUGGCGCGAAGUGAAGAUCGCCAUGGGAGCUCGACUCGCCAUAAAACCUUUGGCGUCGAAGAUUCGUCGCUGUGUCGUCGGCAGACGCCAAAAACGCCUAAUCGACGACCCAAGGCGUAAAAUUAUUUCAUUUGGAACAGGCCCAAACCCAACUGAAUUUCAAAGAGGCCCAAAAUAAAAUUAACAAACAAACCUAUCUGCAUCGACGACAUACGCAUGCUUCAUUCUUCAGUCCGUCGUAUGCAGUCGUCCGCACACUCCACUAGUUCUAAUCAGAAAUUUCCGUCGCUCUCUAUAGUUCUAAUCUGUCGUCACUCACUCAUGUCUGCAGUCGUCUGCACGUUCCACUAGUUUAGCCCCUUUUUUAUGUUGUUUUGUUCACGUAUUUGUUGUAUUUUUUGAGUCGGUUACUGUUUAGUGUUUAGUUUUGUUUUUAUAAUUUCCACCCCUUUACUCCAAUAUUAAUUGUUUAGUUGUGUACAGUUGUUGUGUUGAACUCCGUUUAGUGUUUAGCUUUUUUGUUGUAUUUACUUUGUACAGUUUGAUUCAAAAUUUAAAAAAAAAACUCAGUUCUCUUUUUAUUUUAUAUUUCAUGAUGUUUUUGGUGUCUUGAAUUUAUGCUGAAAUUCAUAUUGUGUGAUUGUGUUGUCUUACAUUUAAUGUUUUUUUAAUAGUUAGUGACAUUUCAGUUAAGUUAUUUUAAUAUUUUAUUACUUGAUUUAGUUCAUUAGUAGUGUUGGCUAUAAGUGUUACAUGUAGGCUUUUUAGUAUGUAAAACUUAUUAUGAAUUUAUUAGUCUAUAUGUCGACUUAUCGCCGCGACUCCGCCACGACGGGCGCCAUAUCGCCAUGGCGGUAUGGCAGUCCAAAGGCGCCACGCCGCAAAAUCCCGCCGUAACAACUAUGCCCUAAUCUGCCUCAUCCCUAAGGAACAAAAUGCCUCUCAUUUUUCCAAAUUUAGACCUAUUAGUCUAAGCAACUUUCUUUGCAAAAUUUUAACGGAAAUUUUGACUACCAGAUUGAAUGCUAUCCUCCCUAAGCUUAUCUCUGCUAAUCAAACAGCUUUUCAAAAAGGUAAAGAGAUAAGUGAUAGUAUUUUGAUGUUGAAAGAAAUGAUAAAUUGCAUUGACCACAAAACCCGAGGGCACAAUGUUCUUUUUAAGUUUGAUAUGCUUAAGGCUUUUGAUAGGGUUAAUUGGAAUUUUGUGUAUGCCACCUUGAGAGCAUUUGGUUUUCACUCCCAGUUUAUCAAUCUCAUAAAAAAUAAUUUUGAGAGUACUUGGUUUUCGGUGCUUAUUAAUGGUCGUCCUAAUGGUUUUUUCAAACCUAAUCGUGGUGUCAAACAGGGUGAUCCCCUCUCCCCUCUUCUUUUCAUAUUGGUCUCUGAAAUUCUUUCUAGACACUGCAAGUCUGCAACAAGUUGAUUACUUCAGGUAAAAGUAUCUCAUAUCAUACCCACCCAGGUCUUCCUGUUAUCUCUCAUUUAAGCUACGCUGAUGAUCUUGUUAUCUUCCCCAAUGCUGGUAAGAAAUCUCUAAAAGCCUGAAUGUUUCUAUUAAGAAUUAUGAGAUGUUUUCUGGUCAGAACAUCAAUGUCAAUAGAAGUUUUUACAUUUGUGGUAAACAUACUCCUAAAGAGUCUGUACAAAAUGUUUGAAAAGAUUUCUGGAAUCAAAAGUGCUUCUUUCCCCUUUACGUAUCUUGGAGGCAAUAUCUUUCAGGGCAGAACUAAAAUAUGCCAUUUUGAUAAUAUCCUUUUUAAAAUAGAUCAAAGACUAGCUGGAUGGAAAAACAAGUUUUUAAACCCUGGGGGUCGGAUUACUUUGAUCAAUUCCGUGAUUACUGCCCUUCCUCUUUAUCACAUGGCCAAUGCUAUUAUCCCGAAAACCAUUUUGAAGACUAUUGAGCAAAAGUGUUCCAAGUUUCUCUGGUACAACGCUGAUUUUGAAAAAAGGCAAAUCUGGAGAAAAUGGAAUAAAAUGACUUAUCCUACCAAGGAAAAUGGUUUGGGUUUUAGAGACCUUUUUACUAUCCAAAAUUGUUUCUACUUAAAAUGUUGGUGGAAAAUUGCUAAUAAAACGGGUCUUUGGGGUUUAUGGGUCUCUAAACUAAAGAAUCCCUCCAAUUCCUAUAUGUGGAAAGGUCUGCAAUCGGUAAAGCAUACUUUUGACAGUCUUACUACUUUAGUGGUAUGUAACGGCCAUAGCUCCUUUUGGAGUUCUAACUGGACUGAAUUUGGCAGGUUAACUAAUUACUGGCACACUGAAGAGGUCUGGCAUCCUCAAAUAACCAUAAGGAAAGCUUUCUCCCAUCCCACUUUCUUUCAGGAUAUCCAGAAAAAUAUGCCAGAUUACAUUAUUAACAAUGUUACGACUAUUGCUCACCAUUUCUCUAAGCACAGAGAUACCAUUGUUUGGACCCCUACUCCCGAUGGCUCCUACUCUUUUAAGAGUGCCAAUGAUGAAACCAGACCAAAAAAACCCACUGACAUUCUUACCAGUCAUAUUUGGAAUAGGAAUAUUCCGACAAAAAUCUCCCAUCCCUUGCAACCUUUUCAGGAACAUUUAUUACGUUUUGGUAAGCAUGGCCCUUUUAAAUGUCCAUUUUGUAACAACUUUGAUACUCAGCAUCACUGUUAUAUCUCUUGCGAGUUUAGCUCUAAUCUUUGGCCUCAUUUUGGAAAUCUUUUUAAUAUCACUUAUACAAAUUUGGACCCGAUUUACACUGUUUUACAUCGCCGGUUCUCGGCUCAUGAUGAGUUUCAAAACCUGAAAAGUCAGGUUGCAAUUUAUAUAUGUUGGACCAUUUGGAAGUGGAGAAAUUACUACCUUUAUGAUGAUAAAAUCUUACCUAUUUCUGAGGCUAUUAACUAUAUUAAUAAGGAGCUCCGAGACGCUAGUGUGGCCUUUCCGAUUAUCACUUCUUGUUCUAGCCCCCCUCUGAAUGAUAUUAAGCUGAUUAAUCUGAAGGUGAAACCUAGGAAAGGUAGUUUGCAGUCUGCCAGCUGGGCCAAACUCCCCAUUGAUUUUAUUAAAAUCAACAUUGCUUUUACCAAGUUCAGGGACAACAAGACUACUAUUGGUCUUAUUAUUCGUGAUGACCACGGUCAUCCUUUACACUAUAUGUCGGCAGCCUCUCAACUUGAUAAUGCUACGGCUAAUACUUGUGAUAUUUUGAUCAAUCUUAAAGGUUACCUUACUGAAGAAAAUCACUCUAAUGUUAUCGAUGAAUGUGAGAACUCAGAGGUUAUUCAGACACUUAAAGGAAGGGAGAGACCGAGAUGGAAAGAGAUUGCCAACUUGGAAGCUUUUAAAGAAGUGUUUCAGAAUAGCAAUUUUUGUUUUACUCACAUAAAAAAACCAUGUAAUCGAGCAGCUAGUUUUAUUGCAAAAUAUUUUGAUGCUUUUGAUUGUAACCCGAACAUUUAUAGUAAGUUCGUAGGCAUUGUCAAGUUUGACGCAAUAAGUUAUCCGUACAUUGUAAAUUCGGGUAGGUAUUGGCUUUAGUCCCCCUACCUUGUUCUUGUUUUAUGUGACUGGUAAGGUGUUCCUCGGCCCUUACCCCACAACUAGUUU